CGCAGUAUUCCUCCCCCAAAAUAAUCCCCAAACGUCACGCCUAAAUCGAAACCUAGGGUUUGCAAAAUUCUGUGAUCAGAAAAUAUUAGCCAAAAAUGGCAGGAAUCAACUCGAAGGAGCCCAAUACAGCCCCGAAACCCGAUCGGUGGUACAAUCUAACCCUAGGCUCCUCGUUUAAGGACGACCAUCCUUCCUCCAAGUUCUGUACUUUACGCUAUGAAUUUAAGCCAGCCUCGAUUGAUAAGAAUCAGCGUGGCACGUUGCACAAAAGUAAGGAUAAUAAGGUUACUGUUGAGUUCCAAAACAACCAACCGGGGAAACCAAAAGUGACGUUUGAGGGCAUUAGUGAGGAUUACAAGGAAAAUGAUGCUGUUCUUUUCUUUGACGGUGAGUCUUUUCGGUUAGAGAGAUUACAUCGUGCUGUAAAGCGGUUGAGGCAUAAUCGAAUGCAGGGUGAAACUAUAACUACAGCAGCUGCAUCAGCUGGACCUUCUGAUGCAAGUUCACCACCAGUUGGGAAAGUGCCUAAAUAUCAGCCUCCGAACAAAGAGGCAGUUCAUGUGAUGCCGGCUGAAGUUGAACGAAUUGAAAUUGGGGACUUCAAAAGCUCAGGCACGUUUCCUUAAUUUAAAAUAGUUAGUCCAUGCACUGCAUUUGAACUUUUCUCAUCUCUCCUUGAUCAAAAUAAAAAUCCAUACAUCUUGGUUAAGUUCUGCAUUUUAGAGUCACUGAAUAUUUAAAGAGAGAAGAAAAAUAUAUCAGAGAACUUCGUUAAAAAGGAAUAAGAAAGGGAUGAUUAGCAUGUGCUCAUGUCAAGGCAGCAAAUUAAGCAAAUAUUAAAAGAAAAGGUCAUGGUAUGAGAUGAAGGACUUGUACGAGGAUACAAUUUUUUCUUUCACCCCAUCUUUUUACCUGCCAAUAUUUCUGCUUCUCUGAAAUUGACUUCUGAAUAUUUUAUUGAGUUUAUCAUUUGGUUACUUGUUAUGUGCAUCACCUACUGUAGUCAUUUUUUCAAGUUUCACUGCACUUUAUUACUGAUAAGGAAAAUAAAGGCAUUUGCAGAUGCCAAUUUUUUGGUUUAGAAAUUGAUAUGCCAUCAAAAAAUUUCAUAAUUUGCCUACAACUGUGACUAGUCAUAGGGAUAGAUCCUACCACUUCGAAAUGCAGUUUAAGUUCUUCUGCACCUGCAAAUAAUUUUUCCUUAUCUUGAUUUGUUGCUGUUGCCUUUACUUUUUGCAUUAACUUGUGAAAAUGUCUGCAAGAUUUGUGGAUGAUCUCACUCUAAAUCCAAAGGCCCUUUUUCCCUUGGUGCUUGGGAGUACUCCUAUUCUCUAGAUAUUUUGUUACUUGGUACUAGAAAUGAUACUAUCUAUAGAUGGAGAUGUUAAUCGCAAAACAUAUUAUUUAUAAUGAGUUGGAUUCAUAUCUAUGCCUCUAAAGAACAGAAUCUACUAAGAUGUGUGUAGAUGAUCUUCAAAUAAAUUCGACCCAGUACUGUCGCCUAUGGUUUCCUCUAUGUUGAUCAUGAAUUGCAAAAUACAAGUCUUCAAUACGGAGGGGUGAUUAAUUUUUAUUGCUAUGAGGAACAGUUCAGAUUAGCUUUGAUGGUGUUGGACAUCUGUUGAAGUCAUUU